AUGCAGAAAGAUCGUCUAUUUGAAAUUGUUGAUGCUCAAGUUUUGAGGGAAGGAUCGAAAGCAGAUAUUUCAAUAGUGGCAAACCUUGCAAGAAGAUGUCUGAAUUUGAACGGAAGGAAGCGCCCUACAAUGAGAGAGGUCACAUCAGAGCUAGAAGGGAUUCAAAUAACAGAAAAGACUUCUAAUGGCGAACAAAAUUAUGAAGAGGUUGAAUUUGUCAGAAUUGAAUCAAUCGAGCCAGGGGAUAUUGCUUCGAGUUCGACGGGAACAGGAUCAACUUUGGAUGUUGGUUGGGUUUCAUCAUUCCAUGGAAUCCCACUAUUAUCUUUCAAGUCAAGACAUUAA